CGCGGAUACGCCUUUCAGCCACUGCGCAUGUCUGCAAUUCUUUCUGUUUACCAAACCGAAGCUGGUUCCUUAUUCGUUAUGUCCAACGCUUAACUCAACGAUGCUCAAUCACUGUGACACAGCCAGCGCUGGCAGCACGAUGGCAGCGGCGGCCCCCAACCCGGAGGACUCCGCCAGGAGCAGCAGCAGCAGCGGCGGCGGCGGCGGCGGUGGCAGUAGCAGCAGCAGCAGCAGCGGCACCAGCACACCCAGCGCACUCGUCGGAGACGGGGACGCGGAGGAGGCCGAGGACUUCACCUCCUCCUCCCACUGCUCGGAGCUGUCUCGGCGGCAGAACGAGCAGCGAAAGCAGGGCUUGUUCUGCGACGUGACGCUGGCCUUCAGCAGCGGGGCGGCGAGCGGGAGCGUCCAGAGCUGCGAGUUCUCAGCCCACAGGUCUGUCCUGGCUGCGGCUACCGAUUAUUUCCCCCCUUUGCUCGGGGGACAGUUUUCCGAGUCGUUGUCCGGUAGGGUAGAGAUGAAGGAAUGGAGCGCGGAACUGGGGCCGGACCCGGAUACGGUGGAGAGUGUCAUCCAGUACAUGUACACUGGAGAGAUACGAGUUAGCACCUGCAAUGUGCAUGAAGUCCUGGAGCUAGCUGACAGAUUCCUCCUGCUGCAGCUGAAGGAUUUCUGUGGCGAGUUCCUGAAGAAGAAGCUGAGCCUGACCAACUGUGUGGCGGUGCACAGUCUCGCCCACAUGUACACCUUGGACCAGCUUGCUCUACGGGCCGCAGACAUGAUCCGUCGCAACUUCCACAAGGUUAUCCAGGACGAUGAGUUCUACACGCUGCCCUUUCACCUGGUGCGUGACUGGCUGUCCGAUGCGGAGAUCACGGUGGAUUCGGAGGAGGUGCUGUUCGAGGCCGUGGUGAAGUGGGUGCAGAAGAACCCAGAGGAGCGAAGCCGCUACUUUGAGGAGCUGUUCGGUCUCCUGAGGCUGCCGCAGAUCAAGCCCACCUACCUGACCAGGGUGGUGAAAACAGAGCAGCUGGUGGCCGCCAAUGAGGCCUGCCUCCGGCUGGUGUCGGAAGCGGUAGAGGGCCACGCUAUUCGCUUUGAGAACCUCAAGUCAACGGAUAUGGAGUUCUGGUCCUCCCACAUGGCCUCCUUUCAGCCACGCUUUGGCCAGAACAUGGACGUCAUCAUGGUAGUAGGAGGUGUAUCGGAAGGAGGGGACUACCUGAGUGAGUGCGUGGGCUACUUCAUUUACGAGGACCGUUGGGUCAACCUGCCGCACAUCCACAACCACCUGGAUGGCCAUGCCAUCGCGGCCACGGAGUCCCACGUCUACGUAGCCGGUUCUAUGGAACCAGGCUUCGCUAAGACGGUGGAACGUUACAACCCUAAUCGCAACACCUGGGAGCAGGUGAGCAACCUGACCACGCGCAAGCACUCCUUUGGCCUCACCUGCAUUAAGGAUAUUCUGUACAGCAUCGGUGGCCAUGGAAACUUCAGUCCGGGUUUCAAAGACGUCAGUAUUUACGAGCCUGAGCAGGACAAAUGGCAAAAUCUAGAAUCUGCCCCCAAAAUCCUGCGAGACGUGAAGGCGGUGAGUUUGGAGGACCGCUACGUGUACGUCACGGCACGCACACCUGUUGAUACAGAUAACGAGGAUGGACUGAAGACGGUGACCACUCGCUAUGACACAGAGAGCCGCCAGUGGCAAGAUGUGGACUCCCUGCCCCUUAUUGACAACUACUGCACCUUCCAGAUGGCUGUGGCCUCGACUAACUUCUACCACACGGCCUCCUGCUGCCCCAAGAGCUACACGGAGCGCGAGGAAGUGGCCAAGCAAAAGAUCAGCGUGCGCAUCUCCGAUGAGAUCCUGGAGAGCCUGCCCCCAGAGGUAACCAGCAUUGAAGGUGCUGCCAUUUGCCACUUUGACGAGGACGUCUUCAUCAUUGGCGGCUGGAAGAACAGUGACGAUGUGGACAAGCAGUAUCGCAAGGAGGCCUACCGCUACUGUGCCGAGAGGAAGCGCUGGAUGCUGCUGCCGCCCAUGCCUCAGCCUCGCUGCCGAGCCACCGCCUGCCAUGUCCGCAUCCCCUAUCGCUUCCUGUAUGGCUGCCAGCGAUAUCCCAUGCCACAGAACCUGGCCCGCCAGCGGGAUCGCAUGCAGCAGAUGCAGCAGCUUCACCGGCGCACACUGACCUUACGCCGGCAGCUCCAGUCGCAGAUAGAGUGCUGAGCAGGUCGGGGGUUCGCUCCAUCGAAGAACCGCCCUGCUCUGUCCGAGGACACGUCGCAAGCAUCCAUUCCAUUGCAGCCAUCUUCAUCGACCCCCCCAACUCCCACGUAACAUGCAGCAGCGGGUCUUUGUGUCGCACUCGUACUGGAUUUCCUUGAGCUGAACUCUGUCCAUUGGCUCUCAUGCUGUGUUGUUGUUGUUGUUGAUGGCUGAUUUUCCAAAAGCCGUAAAAUGUGUGGACAGCUGUGCACUGCCCCGCAGGUGGUCUGUGAGGGGAAUGUAAAUAUGUGAAUAAGAGUGUUAUAUAGCAGCCAACAACUGGAUAUCCUUUUGUCAAGAAUGUUGGUAUAGAUGCUGUUCAUCUGGUUGUACAUAAAUAGGAUAAAGGUGUAUAUGUACACAUUUACAUGGAUAUUUUACAUUCCUUUAUUGUGUGCCUGUACUCGGGAGGUGAUGUGACAUUACCAAUAACUGCAUUCCUACAUCCAAUUUAACUUUCCUUAUGAAGUCUUAUUCCAUUUUAACACUGACAAUCUCUUUCCUGCAAAUGUCUCUAACUUCUAUCACAACUGCUCUAAAUAUGAAUUAUUUCAGAAAGUUCAUCUGAAAAUCCUGUAGACUAGUUUACUUUUAGAUUGCAGUGUCCCUUCAACGGUUUAUUUAAUUACAUUAUAUUUUCUGUUCCUUAAUUAACACUUGAAAACUCAAAUAUUUUCUACUGGUAUCUGGGGAGGUGAAAUUAUGAGAGAACUGUGAUUUUGAAAAGAUGUGAUAAGAUAUAAUAAAAUGAUUCCUUUGAGUUAUCUUAAAAUUGAAAUAUUCUAUUUGUCCACUGCAUUAAGUGCCAGUACCUGGCAAUGGCUCAAUCAUUCCUCUCUUGUGCACUUUGGCAGUCUAUUGCUCAGUGUAUAUUGCCAUUAAUUCAAGAAAAAUACAUUUAAAAUCUAUAUAUGUGUGAGUCCAAAAGUGUGUAUGAUUUGUGUUCGUAGAGCAGAGCUUCUCUUCAACUGCACUUUUUGACAUUUAAUUGUGUUUAAAGUCUUAAAUAAACAUUGCACUUUGAAUUUGCUUAUUUCAUUUGUUUCAUAUCAGACGAGGUGAUUGUAUUUUGGAAAGGCUUGGAUUUAGCCAAGUGCGUAAGUUUUGAUCUUGUUUGAAAAAAGAUGUUAUCAUUAUUCGCAGACUUGUUUCCAACAUGCAAUGUCUUGUUCAACCUUGUGCUAUUGUAUUUAACUUCCAGCUGGGUGUGUAUUAGAGAUUUGCUAUGUUGUUCAUCUGGCCCUCCUAAUAGACUUAGAAAUUAGAUUAAAAGGAAUCAGAUUUAUAGGCAAAACAAACAGGAUUGUUAUCUGAAUGUGUUGUGACUGACAUUCAGAAAUUCCAGCUGUGCAGCGCUUAUUGCAGCAUAAAGGUUACGGAGCAUAGAAAUGAUAUUCAUUUCCACUUCAUGAC